GAACGAAAGCAGAUGGAUUCGUCUUCGGCUGACGAUGUUGCAGCGGUCUGGAGUCUGCAUUACUUAGCGUGCAUGUGUAUAACGCUGGCCACGAUUUGGACAUAUGAUUAUAUUAGUUCACUUCACGAUGAGUGGACGUUCCUACUCCGAUCGCGCUGUACUAAGGUAAAAGCCCUUUAUGUCAUUGCACGAUAUGUCCCCUUUUUCCUCGUCGCCACGGACCUAUGUAGGACCUUCACCCCGAAUGAGAACCCUAAUACAUGUCGGAUGUUGAUCGAUAUCUACUCAUGUUUUGGAGUGAUAUCACUCGCUUGCUCUGAAUACAUUUUUGUGCUCAGAACAUAUGCGCUUUGGAACAAAAAUCGAAUUGUACUCGUAGCCAUGCUGUCCUCUCUUUUUGCUAUCAUCGCAUCCUUCAUCGGCAUCUGGUUUACCACUGUUGCCACUUCUCUUGUUACGACUGGCACGAUUCCAGGCACCACAGGCUGCUACCGGAACUCGCCCAGUGUCGAUUUCUCCAUGUCAUUUCUUCUCUUGUUUGUGUUUGCACUGGGAUUGUUCUUCCUCACAGUCAUAAAAAGCUGGCGGACGGCCAACGGCCUUCUCCAUGCCGUCCUGGUGAAGCAUGAUAUGUUCUACUAUGCAUGUGGUUUGUUUCUCUCGACCGUGAACGUCCUCGCGCCAGUGCUAUUUUCCUAUGUUUCUGUGAACUUCCUCGAACGCUUGCAGGUCCUUAUCCUUGCGAUCCUCGCCACGCGCAUGCACCUCGAUCUCUGGCAUAGCGACUGGCGCGCGCACGCCUCUGGUGCCAUUAUUUCCAUGUCCAACGUGUGACCUGCAAGCCGUACGGUGUCGUGUGUUUUAUAUGGCGCUAUUGAUGGAAUGUGAUUUGAACUCUUUGAUUACGAGAUGACUGGUCCAGGUGGCUUGGUCGCGUUUUAAUGGAUGUUUUUGGAAUGAUUUUUUUUUUUUUCAGGACAAAGAAUCUGAGGCAAGGAGAAAUUUGAAACUUGAAGGGUAUGUA